AUGGAGGACGAGUGGAUGGAGGCGCUGCACAGGUACGUGAGCGAGGGCCAGUGGAGCGAGGUGUCGCAUUUCGUGGACCGCAACGCCGUGCUCUUCGGCGGUAGCAGCACGGAGAAGGAGCACGGCGAGGGCGAGUACGCGCUCUACGUGCAGUUCCGGUCGCUCGUGGCCAAGGUUUUGGACUCGCUCCUGGAGGAGCUGGGCUGUCGGAGCGAGGCGGACGAGGCGCGGCUGGCGAUUUUUUUGCGGGAGACGGCGGAGUCGCCCGCGAGCGGCCCGCGCGAGGAGAUGGCGAAGCGCGUGUUGCAGGACCUGCUGGACAUCGACGACUUCGCGGCAUUCGCGCGGACGAUGCGGGCGCGGAACGACGAGUUGGAGACGGGCGAGGCCGUCGAGCUCGAGCGCCAGCUGUCGGCGGCGGCGGACGCCAAGGCCCGCGCGACGCCGGAGACGCCGCUCGGCGCCAAGCACUCGGUUUUCAGCGACAGCGACGCGGAUCUCACGCCCUUUGACGCGGUCUACGCGGGGCUGUCGGACGAGGGCUUCUUCACGGCGGCGUGCGAGCCGGUCCUCGAGUGCGACCGCGGCACCUUUUUGUGCAGCGGCGCGUGCGCUGAGGUGUCGAAGGCGAUCGCAUUUUUCGCGGACGCCUUCGAGACGGCGUCCGCCGUCGACGUGCGCGAGGACCGGGUCUGGGACGUGCUCGCCAACGGCGAGCUCGCGGUCGACUCUAAAACGAAAAAGUUCCGGCCGGCGGCCGAGGCGGCCGCGCGCGAUGAGCGGUGCCGCUGCGGCGGCGUGCCCGACGCGCACCGCCUCGUCUUCCUCGCGCGGCCCGCAAAGGGCGCGCUCUGCGUGGCGGCGCUCGCGUCGGGCGACGACACGAAGACACAGCAGGGCCUCGCGGCGUUGGUCAACGUCUUGACGUCCAAGGAGCCCGCGGAUCGGCGGCCCUACCAGGACUCGAAGUUGACCAAGCUCCUCGACGGCGGCUGGCUUGACUCUUUCGUCGUGCUCUGCGUCUUCGUCGGUCGCGAGACGGAUACCGCGGACGCCGCGACGCGCCUCAAGCACGCGAGCCGCCUCCGGCGGCUGUCGUCCGCGGGCCCCGCGGCCGCGGACGCCAUGUUCGAGAGCCUCAAGUCCCGGGCCAUGCGGACAAAGCACGAGGAGGAGACCGGCCGACUGAAGCGCGAGCAUAUCCGUCGACGAACGAUGGGCACUGCCGGAGCGAGCCCGCGGCGCGGCUACCUCUGCGACCGCGUCAAGGUGCCGAGCGCGCUGAGUUUGUGCGCCCUCUUCCUCACGGACGUGCCCCAGCUCCACGUCGCGCGCCACCCGGGCGCCUUCCGCGGCGGCGGCGCGCGCCUCGACGAGCUCUACCGGGACGCCGCGCGCGCGAAGCCGCGCUUCGAGGCGGCGCUCAAGGCCGUCGUCGCGGCGCUGCCCUUCGAGGUGCGCGGCGACACGGCGUUCCCGCCGUUCCUCAAGCGGACGCCCCGCGUCGUCGAGAAGGCGGUCUUCAAGGGCGACGACUUCGCCUGCUGCGGCGUCAACGACUUCGUGCGCGCGCGGGUCGUCGUCGGCCCGCUCCUGCGCCUCGUAGCGGUGCUGGACGUGAUUGGCGAGACCAACCAAUUCUUCGUCGAGAUCGGAUUCAACAGCGACUCGUUCGAGGGCGGAGCCGGGAGCAACACGUACGCGCUGUGGCGACGUGGGUGGCGGGGGCUGCUGUUCGAUAGCACGUUCGCGAACUCGUCCAUCAACCUCCAUCGUGCCUUUGUCACACCGGGGACCGUCGCCGCACUGCUGCGCCGCCACGGCGCGCCGCUCGAGCCGGACUACGUGAGCGUCGACAUCGACUCGGCGGAUGUGUGGGUGCUGCGCGCGCUGCUCUCGACGUUUCGCCCGCGCGUCGUGAGCGUCGAAUACAACUCAAACUUUGGCGACGGCGAGCGGAGCAGCCUCGCGUUCCCGGAUGCGGAGUGGAUGCCGCUCGGCGAGUCAGCCGGCGCGUGGCGCGGGUCGUGCUUCUACGGCUCGUCCGCCGCCGCGGUCGAGGCGGUCGCGCGCGAGUGCGGCUACGUGGUCGCGGGCGUCGUCGAGGGCCUCGACCUCGUGCUUGUGCGCGCGGCGCUCUGGCGGUGGCCGCCGAUCCCGCGCCACGCGCUCACGGCGCGCCUCGACACGUGGCCCGCGAUGGCGCGCGAGGACGCGGCCGCGCUCCUCGACUACGACGUGUUCGCGCGCGGCGGCUCGCUGUGCGAGGCGCGCCGCGCGGCGGCGGUCGCGCUGCGGAGAAUGGCGCGCGAGCCGCCACCGCGCUGCGCGUGCUUCAUGAAGGAUCUCGACUGCGUCGAGUGGACGCGCAACUGCUCGUGCUUUCGCGACCUCGCCGACUUGCCGAUCCCGGACUGCGCCCCGCCUGUAAUGAUGGUCAAAAAUGGUGGACGGUGA